AUGAACAAAAACAUCACAGAGGACAUAGAGUCCGUGAUGGAAUCCUGUUCUGCGAGAAAUUUUGAUGAAGAAGCCGGUGUCACUAAUCGUUCCGCUGAGAAUUAUCAUGAGCCUUUGGAGGCCUCACACGGAGCAUGGAUCAGGGCUAAUGAGGUGGGCGUUUCCCGAGCUUUAGGCCUUUUUUCGCUUUCGUAAAAUCAUACAUUUAGCAUAAAAAAGUUAGAAUUUAUGAUCAGAAGGAGCACGAAGAAAAAACCUCAGAUUUUAUUUUUGCGGACGCGUUAGCAGACCUCAUUCAAUAUGGAAGCUGUGAAAAAGUUCGUAGUGGGUUCAGUUUGAGAGAAAAUCGGUCCCCUUCAAAUUAUACUCAGACAAAAGUGUGUCUCUUUUGGAGACGAAUUCAGAAUUUAGAAUUUGAUAUUGGAAGGAGCAUGAAGAAAAGAACUUCUGCGAUUUUUUCGCGAACGCCGUCUUGCAAAUAGACCUCAUUCAAUACACAUGCAAUGAAAAUGGGUUGUAAUUGGUUUAAUUUACUUUGUAAUUUCUUCCCUUCAAAAUAAGUUCAUUUUUAAGCCCGUUCAACAUUGAAGAAAAACAUUUAAAAAAUUGGAUUUUUUGGCAUUAAAGGUGAUCAGGAAACUGACUCUGAAAACAUUUCUUCAUGAAGAGAUUAAAAAGCGCGUGCAGCUAAAGUUCUCAGAUUAUGACGCCACUCUUCGACAUUCCAGUAUCAUUCCGCUGUACGUUGAUUAUGUUUAGCAUCCUCAAUUUUCUUGUUCACUUCUAAUUUCUUAAAUUCAAAAAUGCUAUUUUUGACAUAUUUUCUAUCAGGCUGCGAGAGAAGAGGAACAACUAACGAGAAAGAUCAUCCACCUCGAAACAGAAAUUAACGGUUAGUUAAGUAAUGACGCAUGCGGGAUAAGAGAAGUGCACGUGCACAGGGAAACCAUUUAAGACCCAUUUAACCGUAGACUCUUGACAAUAAAUAUUCCCCCAAACCCCUGCUUCUCAUUCCGUCCGAAACAGUUCCAUUUUUGUAAUAUUUUCCCAAUUUGCCUUAUCAUUCAAAACUUGAAUUUGAUCUAUCUUUUAUUCUAAGUAUUUAUAAAAUGGACGUUUAUUUCUUGUAUUUUAACAGCUAAGGAGAAGGAGAUCACCUUUCUUAAAGAAGCUCUCUUUGAGAAAGAUAAAGAGAAUUCUGAUCUCAAAGAAAAACUGUCCCAAUUACAACAAAGCUGGCAAAGAAAUCAGUUGGAUUUUUCCAAGCAAUUGGCGGCAAUGGAUGAAAACCUACAGGAGGCAAGGAAGACUAUCGACGAGCUCAAGGGUGGGGCAAAUGUUAGUGUCAUGAGGAAUACAACAAAGUUAGAGGAAUCCCAAAGCGAGCUACAAUUUUUUAAUGGUGAGUAUGUUACUUGAAAUGGCAUUUCUAUGGCCAAAGUUAGUCUCCAAGCAUCGCAAGGAAACAUUGAUGGGAAGAGGACGAGGGGUCUGCAUUAUCGAUCACUGUAAAAAAACAAUCGCUUCACAGUUCAAAAAAGAUUAAAAAAACAAAAAACAAAAAACUCAGAACAAAUAAUACACCUCUAGGUAAAAAUCGCGGCUCAUGCCAUUGGCGAAGCGACCUAGUCACGUACCCAGAACUUUCAUUGAAGUUACAGUUAAACGGUAGGAUCUGGGACGAGAUUAGAAGUCCUGAAAAUAAAGUAUGUACCGCAUUUGAGUAAAGUCACAAAAAUUUCAUUUCCUAUCCUCAAGACAAGAAGAGGCACUUAACCCCAAAACUUGAGAAUCGUUGAUAACGUUUUCGUCCAUGAACAAUUAUUCAAAACUUUCUCUUUAUUAGGUAAAGCUUACUUCGACCAUCAACCAUCAUGGUUUGACACUCUAUCUAACAACGGUGGAUGUCUCGAAAUUCAAAACUUUCCAGUAACAGCAAGAGAACUUGAGGCCAUGAAGAAUGUCAAAUCAAAUUCAAAGCCCUCCACUGAAGUAGCCCAAGGUAUGACGAAGGAAACCUGUAUAACAUAAUUUCGCAAAUUCAACAGCCCAACUUUUAUUGUGCUGAAGUUGGGUGGUAUGACGUGUAACCAAAAACAAGUAAACACUCGAAUUAUCAAGGUACCGAAUCGCUGUGCGAACUUAGCCGAGUACUCACUUCAUCAUAUUCAGAGAAGGACUCGCUGAUCUCAUAACUAAAACACAAAAUGAGAUUUAAGGAAGAAUACGCCAUCAGUACUCUACUCUUAGCAAGAGACUAUAGUCUCUUACUGAUACUGAAUACAUAGGAAAAAUAUGAGGUGGUCCAAGUUCAUAUUUCGCUUUGCCAGUCUGAAAAAUGACCCAAAUAAAACUUGCUCUUGCACUUCUUUUUUUUCACUAAAGACUGUCCUGAAUUGAAAUGUCAACCACCAUUCGCCCCCGAUGGCAGUUUUGUCAGAGCUGAAAUAAAGAAAAACCUUUCACCACCCCGAAGAGAUGAAUUCAACCUGAUAACCGGUUGCGUUGGUCAGAGUGUCAACCCGUUUUCUAGGAAGGCAAAACGCUUGGACCGACCAGCACAAAGUCCUGUGAAUAUGUUUGAGACGCCUGAAGUCGACAAGCGUACCCCGCCAAUCCAACCAAGGCAUCCUGUAUCUAACAUCACCAUUCGGUCCUCUGGCACACGGAUUAAAUCAUUUUCCAAUAAAGCCGAGGCGCUGGAUCGACCAACAAUCGAUUGUUCAGCCGCUAACAUCCCAAGAACUGAAGUUCCACCAGUUCAACUCAGUGGGUUUCCAUCCAACAUUAUCACUGGUUCUUAUGGUAAGAGGGUAAAUCCCUUUUCCAAGAGAGCUAUCGGCGUUACGAAACCAUCACACAUCCCUGCGGCCAGAAUGUUUCCAGCUCAAACCGUCAGAAACAGCGAGACAAUUUCCUCAAAUGAUGCUGUGUUCAAGAAUACAGUAUUUAAUACUACCACUCAGUACUCAAGCGGACAGAUUAAUCCAUUGUCAGCACUUAAUUGCCCUGCUGCUAACACGAGAGGAGCUGAAAAUGAGAAUAACACUCCACCAGUCCAUCUCAAAGGUGUUCCAUCCAACAAUAUCACAGAUAACGGGGUGAAUCCCUUUUCCAAGAGAGCUAAAGGUCUUAAAAGACCACCACAUACCCCUACACCCAACUUUGCUGAAGUUGAAACUGUGAGAAACAGUCCGGCAAUUAUCUCAAAUGAUGCUGCAUUCAAGAACACCGGCACACCCUGUGAGAUCAACCCGUUUUCAAAGAAAGCCAGAGGUAUGAUCAGUUGA